AUGGACACCCCAACCCUCGACUUCCUCAUCAACAACCCACCCACCCCCACCUCACCCACAUCUUCCAACCCCUCUUCCCUCAGCACAAUCCUCCAAAACUGGCCCUCCACCCCCUCCCUCCUCCCACCACACAUCCCACACGACCUCACCCCCGCGCUCCUCUGCGCGCUCGCCACGCUCUCGGAAUACACGCAGGGCCAACCCGAGCGCGCGUGGAGUCUGGUGAAUACAUACUAUGUGUGUCGAAUCCGGGAGGCUCGGGGGCGGAAGGGGAAAGGGGUGGAGGUAGAAGUAAGAGAUGUAGAGAAAGCAGUGGAGAGUGCGCGGCGGAUGAGUGUAGGGAAGGGGAUUGAGACUGCGGGGAGGAAGUAUUCUAUCAGAGAUGAAGGUGUGCAAGGGGAGGGGAAUGGGAAGCGGAAAUGGAGUGUCCGCCACGACGUGGAUGAGAAGAAACGGCAGAGAUGUGAGGAGGUGGGUGGAGAUGUGGCUAUCUUGCCGCCUCUGUCUGCGCGCUUCGACGACGAGCCGCGCUUCGGGCGGAGACAGGCACUCCCGCGGAAGAAGAGUUCGCCAUUGCUCAUUGAGAUUCCGCGCGUGGAUGUGGGUGCGGCGCAGGCCGCGACGCACGAGGCGAAUCUGGCGCGCAUGGAACUGGAGGCUGCGGAGGAAGGGUUGAAUGCCGCGCGGGCGAGAUAUGCGGAUGCGCAGAGAAGUUAUGGGGAGGCGAAGCGGAUGGCGAAAAGGGCGAGAUUGGGAAUAUAA